UUUAAGUUUAAAACUGAAACAUUAAUGUAUUGAAUCCAAAUUUGUUCCACAGAUAAGUCGAGCCACCGAAAGUUCAAACUCAGCCUCCAAUCCGUUGUCCAAAAAUGGCUUAGAUGGCCAUUUUUUUAUAGCCUCUCAAAACCUCUCUUGAACCCCAAAAAAUGUUACUGAGAAACCGCCUCCUGCGCCCGCAAAUCACUUCCUUCUUAUCACCAUCUUCCUCUCCACCUCUAAAAGCUCAGCCCUUCACUCUCUCGUUCCGAACCCUCAUCUCAAACCCGACCCUUCGAAACCCAACCCCAAACCGCCAUGUUUCAGCUUCAAAAGCCACAGCUAACCCAACAAUCUUCGACAAGACCCUCCUGUUUAUCCCGCCCGGCGUUGACCCGGCCGAGGUGACCGAGAACAUGGUGCUAUCCGGGUCGAAUAUCGUGCUCGGACCCUAUGCGGGUGACGCCAAGAUUAAGGAGGUGGAGUUCGUGAAGAGCAGUGCUAGAGCUAAGGAUUGCCCCAAACAUGACCGACCCGAAUUUGCUAUUCUGGGUCGCUCCAAUGUGGGCAAGUCCUCACUUAUUAAUGCUUUGGUUCGCAAGAAGGAUGUUGCACUUACAUCUAAGAAACCAGGGAAGACCAAGCUUAUCAAUCAUUUCUUGGUGAACAAAAGUUGGUACUUUGUGGAUUUGCCUGGUUAUGGGUUUGCUAAAGCUCCAGAAGCAGCUCGAAUGGAUUGGUCUGCAUUCACGAAAGGUUUCUUUUUGAACCGAGAUACUCUUGUUGCCGUGUUACUUCUAGUUGAUGCUAGUGUUCCACCUCAGAAGAUCGACCUUGACUGUGCUAAUUGGCUUGGACGUAACAAUAUACCAAUGACUUUUGUCUUCACCAAGUGUGACAAAAUGAAGGCGGGCAAAGGUAAAAGGCCAGAUGAGAACCUCAGGGAUUUUCAGCAGUUUAUUCGAGAAAACUACCGGGUACAACCCCCAUGGAUAAUGACUAGCAGUGUAACUGGCUUUGGCAGGGAUGAACUUUUGCUUCACAUGUCACAGCUUAGAAACUACUGGGAUCAAUAGCUCUGCAUAAUUAUAAGACUUGCUGAUUAAUUCCUCAACCUCAAAGGGGACACAAAGAACAAGGGACUUCAACUCAGUUUUACUGUGUUUUUUUUUUCUUUUUUGCUGACAGUUUCUGUUACUGGUUACCAUGAACUUUGCUGAAAAAAUCCCCGACUAAAAUUGAUUCAUAUUUGUAGCUUUGGCUGUGGUACUAUUCUUUGUGUAUAUAUAGAUGAAUGAUGUUUUACAGAUUAUACAGAAGUACUUAUUCAUUUUGAUC